AUGAGAUUCUUCAUCAUUCUUCUUUUGGCUCUCUUAGCUGUUACCGCUCUUGGUAAGUUAACAUGUUUGAUCGAUUCACCUUUUUCUUCAUGUAACUUAAUGUUCAUACCUUUUCUCUAACCUUUUUCUAUAGGAGCUGCCCAUCACGGUAAGAAGCCAGCACAUCACCCCCCAGCCCACAAAGCUCCAGCUCACAAAGCACCGGCACACAAAGCCCCAGCCAAAGCCGGUACCAAAGCUCCAUCUGGAACUGAUGCCACUUCAGCUGUCAAGACUACUGGUGCUGCUGCAUCCGUUACUACUGCCAAGGCUGCUUAA